AUGAGGCGCUCUUUCACCACACUCCACAGAAGACCCCUUCCAGUGCCCACUCCCCAGCGUCUACCACAAAACGAACCUGUUGAUGAGGAGAUUUGUCCCGGCUACAAUUCAAAGAAAUUCUAUCCAGCAAGGCCUGGAGAUGUGCUCGAUGAUCACUAUCAAAUCCUUGUAAAGGUUGGAUGGGGGGUCUCAUCUACCACAUGGUUUGCUCGUGACAUGCGAGGGUACCGAUGGGAACCUGAGGGUGUAGUGGCACUGAAGAUUACCAAUACUGACUCCCAGACGGGUGCGAGAGAGCGCGAUAUUGAGGACCAUAUUGCCAAAGCAGACCCUUCUCACCGCGGACGUGCUCUUUUUCGAACAUACCUGGGUUCGUUCGAAAUUUGCAGCCCAGAAGGGGAACGACACCUAUGUUUCGCAUAUGAGCCAAUGAGAGAACCUUUAUGGAUUUUCCAGAGGCGUUUUAAGGACGGAAUUAUCCCUCUUCCCCUUAUCAAAACCUACGUCCGCGUUCUCUUGAUAGGUCUGGAUUAUCUCCAUACAUCAUGCAGCAUUGUUCAUACUGAUCUAAAACUUGACAAUAUAAUGGUCACUUUUGAAGAUCCAGUUGUGCUCAAUGAGUAUAUGGAUUCUCAACUCAAUAGCGCAAUGCAGUAUAAGACUGAUCUCUCCGGUCGUCCAGUUUAUCGCUGCUGCAAUGAUUUCGGACCUCUUAGAAAAGUGCGAAAUAUACCAAAGAUUGUUGACUUUGGACUAUCUACAAGGCUUCCUUCUCAGAACGAUCGAGGUAUCUAUCCUAUUCAGCCAGAUCACUAUCGCGCGCCAGAGGUUAUACUUGGCUGUGGCUGGAGUACAAGCACAGAUAUAUGGAAUUUUGGCGUCCUGCUCUGGGACAUGAUCCAAGGAAGAGAGCUGUUCCAACACAUCCACAAUACGCAGGGUCAUUAUGCCGCCAAAUCUCACCUUGCUGAAAUGAUUGGCUUUCUUGGUCCUCCUCCUCGGGAGCUAGUUGAAAAGGCCGGAUCAAUGUCAGGUCAGCAAUGGCCUGAACCCAUAAAAGGGGAGGAUGAUGAAAUAUGCUCAAGCGCAAUGGAAUAUUUUGGGGGCCCGUUUUUUGAUGGCGAUGGGAAUUUCCUGCAUGACGAUUUAAUCCCGGCAAGAAAGCUCGCCGAUACACUUCAUUCUUUAGACGAAAGAGAAAGAGAAGGGUUCCUUUCCUUUGUAGGAACGAUGCUUGCUUGGCUCCCGGAGGAUAGAAAGACAGCACGCGAAUUGGCGGAUCACCCAUUUCUUCGAGUAAAAUAG